AUGUUCAAAGACGUCAAUGAAAAGCUCUUGGACCAUUCACAUUUAAAACCUGGUCAAAAUGCGUCUUUGUUAUCUUAUGAUAAAACCAUUCAUAUGUAUCGAGAAAAUGUCAAAAAGACCAACGACUUGAACAUUCAAUGCGAUUUUGCUAUCUUUUUAGUAGAAGCAGCUAAACGCAGCAAUAGAAGCAGCAUUAGUAGGAAUGAUGAUAAAAGAGUCACCAUUCAUAAGUAUAUUGUGGAAGCUGAGAAAUUGUUAAAGCAAGUAGCCAUGAGAGGUCAUAGUGAAGGUCAAUAUUAUCUAGCCAAUAUGUAUGCAGCAGGCCUGUUGAAAAUCAAUAACAAUAAUCAACAUGUUGGCGAUUUCGAUAAAGCCUUUCCAUUAUUCGUCCAGUCAGCAAAAAAACAUCAUCCAGAUGCAGCUUACAGAACUGCAAAAUGUUAUGAAGAUGGUCUGGGAACAAGAAAAGAUAAAGCUAAAGCAUUUCAAUAUUACAGGAAAGCUGCCACUUUAAACCAUCCAGGUGCUAUGUAUCGUCUCGGUUUAGCAGAGAUGAAAGGUGAAUUAAGUUUAUCAAGAAAUGUCCGAGAUGGCCAUAAAUGGUUGAAACGAUCUGCUGAAGCCGCUACUGCACAAUAUCCUCAUGCUAUUCACGAACUUGCUCUUCUGCAUGAAAAAGGGUUAGAAUCCGUCAUUUUUCAGGACCAUAAAUAUGCUCUUACACUCUAUCAUGAAGCGGCUGUUCUGGGAUAUGCACCUUCCGCUUACCGUCUCGGAUGCUGUUAUGAAUUUGGCAAAUUAGGUUGUACCAUCGAUCCGGUUUUGUCCAUUCAUUAUUAUAGUUUGGCUGCUGAGCAACAGCAUCCUGAAGCUUGUUUUGCUCUCACUGCGUGGCAUUUGGUAGGUAUACCCAAAGUGUUAUUGCCCUCCGACGGCCAAGCGUAUUUCUGGGCAUUGCGUGCUGCUCAAAUGGAAUUGCCCAAGGCUGAAUAUGCUGUCGGUUAUUUCUUGGAAAUGGGUAUCGGUGUACCUACAAAAGACGUUGACGCUGCUAUGGUUUGGUACCAAAAAGCGGCUGAGCACGGUGAAAAAAGAGCUCUUCAAAGAUUGCAACCGUUUAAUGAUAACAAAAAAAAGCAACAGAGAAAGAGCACCAAGUAUGAGAAGAGAAAGAGUUACAGCGGUACUAGUAGCUCCUAUGUUUCAGCGAGUACGGACACCAGUUUUCCUACUAUGACGGCAUCCUCAGCACCUAAUAUAGUAGUCAAUAGCGUUAAUAGCGCUCAAGCUACUAUGAAUAAGCCAACCAUCAGCAAAAGAAGAAGUUUCAUUUCUAUAAGCAGUAGAUCCAAUAGCCAGUCCUCUUUUAUACAAAAAGCAAGCUCAUUAUUCAGAUCGAAAUAAUAGAAAUUUUUUAAGCACAUUGUUGUACAGCAUCAACUACGUUUGCAAUACCUAUCAUUUUCAUCAUCAUUAUUUCUGGACAAUCCAUACACGUAGAUUACACAUAUUAUUUUAUUUAUUGACAUACCUAUUCAAAGUAAAUGCUUUUAUACAUUACAUAAAUACAGUUAUACAUUAUCAAAC